AUGUCUUUAACAGAGCGAGUUUACAGUCAUCUUUCUCUCUUCGAUAUAGCUCUUGCAUUGUUGGGGCUGUUUGUUUUCUGUUGUUUGCGUGAGAAGUUAAGCAACAAGCAUGGGCCAAUGCUAUGGCCAGUGUUUGGAAUCACUCCAGAGUUUUUCUUUCAUAUAAAUGAUGUCUAUGGAUGGGUCACAAAGACUUUGAAAAAUUGCCGAGGUACCUUUCUUUACCGCGGAGUCUGGCUCGAUGGAUCUUACGGAGCCGUGACUUGUGUUCCCGCGAAUGUGGAGUACAUGCUCAAGACUAACUUCAAGAACUUCCCCAAAGGUACAUUCUUCAAAGACCGGUUCAGCGAUCUGCUCGAGGAUGGUAUCUUCAAUGCUGACGAUGCAUCUUGGAAGGAGCAACGACGGAUCAUCGUUACCGAAAUGCAUUCAACCAAGUUCAUGGAGCAUUCCUUUGAGACAACGCAGCAUUUGGUAAAGAAGAAGCUGCUAAAAGUGAUGGAGAGUUUCGCGAGGUCACAAGAACCUUUCGAUCUACAAGACGUGCUCCUGCGCUUGACAUUUGACAUCAUCUGCAUCGCGGGUCUAGGGGAUGACCCGGAAACUCUAGCUUCUGAUCUUCCUCAAGUUCCAUUUGCCAAAGCUUUUGAAGAAGCAACAGAGUCUACACUGUUUAGAUUCAUGAUCCCUCCAUAUAUAUGGAAACCCAUGAAGUUCCUCGACAUCGGGUAUGAGAAAAGUCUGAGGAAAGCUGUUGAGGUCGUGCAUGGAUUCGUCAACAAGAUGAUCGUGGAUCGUAUCCGCAAGCUCAAGGACGAAGAGACGCUAGAUAAUAGAUCCGAUGUCCUUACAAGGAUUAUUCAGAUAGAGAGCCGUAGAAAAGGUAACGAGAUUGAUCCUUCCACCGUUAGGUUUUUUAGACAAUUUUGCACAAGUUUCAUCUUAGCUGGACGAGACACAAGCUCUGUUGCGCUUUCAUGGUUCUGCUGGGUGAUACAGAAACACCCAGAAGUUGAAAACAAAAUCAUCUCCGAGAUCAGAGAGAUCUUGAGACGGCGAGGGGACUCUCCAGCCAGCAAAACCGACGGUAGCCUCUUCACGGUCAGGGAACUAAACAGCAUGGUCUAUCUACAAGCAGCACUUUCAGAGACUCUGAGACUUUACCCUCCGAUCCCAAUGGAGAUGAAACAAGCCAUUGAAGACGAUGUGUUUCCAGAUGGGACAUUCAUAAGGAAAGGUUCACGGGUUUACUUCUCGAUCUACGCCAUGGGGAGGAUGGAAUCUAUUUGGGGGAAAGACAGUGAGAUGUUCAGACCAGAGAGAUGGAUCCAAGCAGGGCGUUUUGUCAGUGAAGGCCAGUUCAAAUACGUUGUGUUCAAUGCUGGGCCAAGGCUGUGUAUAGGGAAAACAUUUGCUUACCUGCAGAUGAAGAUGAUAGCUGCUUCAGUCUUGCUGAGGUACUCAAUCAAGGUAGCACAAGAUCACGUGGUUGUACCGAGAGUUACGACUAACUUGUACAUGAAGUACGGUCUCAAGGUGACCAUCACGCCAAGGCCACUGGAAAGAGAAGAAAAAGUAGAGUCAUGUUCAAUGUAG